UCGCGGCAGAGAAGGGAGGACCCUAGGGAACUGGACCUCCGCGUCUGGUCGCCCAGCCCUGUUUUGGCUUGGGCCCACAUGGAGGGGACUGCAGAGUCCCAGAUGCCUGACUUGCGGGACGUGGAGGGCAAGGUGGGCAGGAAGACCCCGGAAGGACUGCUCCGCGGGCUGCGAGGCGAGUGGGAGCUGGGAACCUCUGGGGACCUGCUGCUCCCUGGGGCACCCAGCACCGGCCACAGCCUGGGGGACAAGAUCAUGGCGCUGAGGAUGGAGCUGGCUUACCUUCGAGCUAUCGACGUGAAGAUCCUGCAGCAGCUGGUGACCCUGAACGAGGGCAUCGAGGCAGUUCGUUGGCUGUUGGAGGAGCGGGGAACACUGACCAGCCAUUGCAGCAGUCUUACUAGCAGCCAGUACAGCCUGACUGGUGGAAGCCCAGGCCGCUCAAGGCGGGGCAGUUGGGACAGCCUGCCAGAUACCAGCUCAACUGACCGGCUGGACAGUGUCUCAAUUGGCAGUUUCUUGGACACUGUGGCCCCCAAAGAGCUGGAUGAACAAGGACCCCCUGGGCCUUCCUGUCCUGAGAUUGACUGGGCAAAGGUUAUACCCAGUGAAGCCAGGACUGAGGUGGAUGUAACAUCCACCAAGCUAGGGAGCUUAAUGGCUCCUUGGAAGCUCCCAGGAGACGAGCCUCAAGGUGGACCACCUGAGCUAUCGGAGGAUGACAAUGUUAAGCAGGGCUUUGAGGCUCACUGGUUCUGGGGACAGUGCCAGGAUGAUGUGACCUUCUUGUAAAAACUUCCCUAUUUGUGCUUUGUGGCUCUUUCAGCCUGUGGCCCAAGUCUUUCUCAGUUUUCCCUCAACCUCCUACUAGACAGAAGCUAUACUGAAAUCACUUACCACAGAAGCCUGGCUUCUCUCUCUGCUCCCUGGGGAGCCUUUGCAUUUAUCCCUCAAUUAUUGGGUCCCUGGAGCUAUUUCCAUAGAGAUAUUGACUCUAGAGAACUAGCCGGUGGCUCCUGAUGUAAGGGUAUCCCACAUCCUUCCCCAGUGAGGUGAAGGUUUAUGAGAUUAUGGUUUCUAGGACAUCACUGAAGAAGAGAUGGGGGAAAUAAUCUCAUCCAAACCCUGGGAGGCUGGGAUGCCUCAUAAAAGAUGGAGAAUUGGAGAAGGGCGUUCAGGACCAAACCUCCAUGGAUUGGCUCUCCUCCAUGCCUUUGGAGUUGGGAGACAACCCUUUGCUAUCUGCUGAGUGAUGUCAUUUCCUUUUAUGGUACAGGGAAGAGUGCUUCCUCUAUAGCAGUCCUGGUUGGUGUGUCAUAGGCCUGUAUGGAGGGUUCCUGAGUCCCUGUUGUCCUGCCAUUGCCUCCUGUGAGAGGGAACACAUCACUCUUGCUGCAGAUGUCUGUGCUGCUUUGAUCAGGUUCUUUCUUUUCAAACAUGGUGUUUUCACCCCUGGUUGGUGCUGUAAUGACAUUCUUACCGGGUGGUGAGAAACUCAGAGGCCUCCACCUCGGCUCUCAAAUCUGCUUAGCUCACUUUCCUGGAGACCCUGUCUGGCCCUGGCCCUGGCCCUGUUUCUUACCUCCAGAUCCAUCUGCCAGGAGUUUAGCUUGAGCGUCUUCACGUCUCAGUGUCCUCUUUUGGCCUCUGCAUUUUUAUGUGCCUCUUGUCCCAUUGUUGUUUGGAAACAAGGAGAGUGAAUUCUCAAGGUUCUGGGGACACUCUCAGAUGGCGGGAUGAUCUUGUCAUCUCUGACUCUGCUCACCCUUCCCUCAUCCUGGCCAGCUUCCACCAUUUGAUCAUAAGAAUGCCUUUCUCAAGUUGAAACACAAGGAAUCCCCUUGUUUGAGCUACAGUGUGGGAGUGUGGUAGGAAAAGACAGAGACCCUGUGGUUCCUGGGCCUCAUUGCGGGGAAUAGACUGGAAAGUACUUUAGGGCAAGCCUAUGACUCCUGGACUUGGGGGUAAUUGGUGCUGGCUCUAGGGCUGGAUCCCAAGACCCUAGCUAAGUACACUGGUGAAGAAAUUCAGGGAAAUCGCCAUUCUGGGCCUCAAGGAAAGGGCAGGCCCAGAGAAGGGGUGGCAAAUGCCGUGAUUUAUACCUAAGUAAGCUGGGCACUCAGAAGGCAGAGGCAGGCGGAUCUCUAUGAAUUCCAAGCCGGCCAAAGAUAUAUACAUAGUUAGACCUAGUCUCAAAAAGCAAUCAGAGGGGGGCUGGAGAGAUGGCUCAGUGGU